CAACGGAUAACUGGCAGCGAAGUAGUCACUUCGUAUUAUUUCCUCCAAGCUCCUACGGUGUUUUCUUAAAUCCUCUCUGAACUUUACCGAAUAAAGUGCGCCGAAGUUUUUGGCGAAGCUCGUGUGCGACUCAAGGAUACGAUAAUGAUGAAAAUCAGUGAUGCGCUACUGGCUUUAACCAUACUUUCAGUCGCGGCUCUGGCGGAUCGUGACGACAGCGAUAGAAGAGACAAGAGACAAAUCUACUCACCGAUUUUGGUCGAGCCUUAUGGAGGAACGUUUAAGCUUAUCAUUGGUAUAGGUAUACCCAUCGCCAUACCCGGUCGUACUCUGGCCUACGGUCAAAACAUGCAGUUCCAGUACCCUCUUCCGACCAACGCCACCUUCUUCACGAAUUUGUUCUCGCCAUCGAGCACAACUCGCCGUCGCCGUCGCAGCUCUUCGCAUUACGAGAGGGAAAUCGCCUACAGUAUGUUGGAACAACAGUUUGACAGGAGCGGUGCCAACGGCAAGGAGUGCAUAAUGCGGGGCGUUUGCGAGGCUGCAGAGACUCCGCUUCACGAAGAAGGUCUGGUUGGAGAGCUUCUUCAUCUGCUAUUGACGCCCGAUUACGGCGGUAAUACUUCCAUUGACGAAGAUUACGUUAAUGCGAAGAAGGCCGGAAUACGAGGAGAGGAUUGCGCGGCAUUGUUUCCGGGCUGUCCGUACGGUCACGGGAUACUGGACCACGUGUCAAUUACAAAAUAUGUCAACUAGGUUAAUAAUAAUAAG